AUGCGAACAUACAACUUCAACAGCUCCGCCGCAAAUGCCAAUCUGACAUGGAGGGCAGAUGGCGCGCUGACAGGAGACUAUAACCUGCUGGGCGGAAAUGAUGCUGUGAUUGCCAGGUUCAGAAAUAAACUGCUCUCUAAUCAAGAGUUUGCUGGCGAUGCUGGCUAUGGUUCAGAGCUUGAAUUUGGCGGCAAUGGUCCUGGCGGGGAGUUCGAACUAAUCAUCAGUGCUCUAGUCUGCAAUGGAAUAGUUGUGAUUUAUGUUCUCGACUUUAUGACAGUGUAUCCGCAAUCAUGGGGCGUUUACGGAACGGCGUCUUCCUCGCUGCAAAUUACUCACUAUGGUGAACUUCAUAACACGAGUCUCACUACCAACAACUGGGUGAGAAUGAUGCCAAAACACGCGGGAAUGAGACGACGUGCUCCAUCCCGGGUCCGAAUCGGAGUGGGGGCAAAUUUGGCCGAGUUUCGGAUGGCCAUAAUAUCCCAGGUGGAUCUGGCCCGGCUAUACCCGCGAAUUGCCUCUCUACGCCCUCAUCGUGGGUACUUAUCCCUUCCUCAGGCCGACGGAGCCCUGAAAUCCAGCAUUUCGCUAGGAUUUUCUGCCCUGCAAGACGGUGACAUGUCGACUACCACGGUCACGACUACGACGCAUGUCGACUCGCUAUUGUUGCAGGACAAUCGGGCCAAUUCCACGGAAGAUGUGCGACUGCCCACAUCUCGGAAAUUCCGUUUCCAGCAGAUAGUGGUGGUGAUUCAGCUCUUCGUCGUCACCCUCACCGCUAGCGUUAUCAACGGUCUGGUCGUCGUCGGUCUGCCCACCAUCACCAAGGAUCUGCAAUUGCCCCCGUCUUUAUCAUUUUGGCCAUCGUCAGUAGGUAGUCUCGCGACUGCGUCUACGCUUCUCUUGGCUGGUUCCAUCGCCGAUGCUGUCGGCCCACGAUGGGUGGAGCUGGUCGGAUCUCUCGCCAGCGGUGCAUUAAUGAUCGGUCAAGGACUGGCUCGCAAUGGCUCAGAGCUGGUUGUCCUCCGAGCCCUCCAGGGGGUCGGUCUCGCAUUGCAUCUGGCUUCUUCAGUCUCUAUCAUCACGCAGCUGCUGCCUCAUGGUAGGGGUCGGAACUUUGCUUUCUCCUGCAUCGGCCUCAGUCAGCCUCUUGGUUUCUCCCUCGGCCUGGUGGUAGGUGGCAUUUUAAUCGACACCAUCGGUUGGCGAGCUGGAUGGUACAUCUCGGGAGGGAUCACUCUAUUCUUCACCGUCAUCGGUCUAUGGUCUUUACCCAAGAGCAACGCUCAUCGAUACGCAGACCGCGUCCAAAAUAUCCGGACUAAGAUCGACUGGAUCGGCGCUGUUCUGGCUUCUGCAUUCAUGGCGUUACUGUGUUAUCUCCUUGCCAUUGUGAGCGCCGACCCCUCCCGGAUGAAAUCUGCCGAGUGCGUUGUCAUCCUGUGUCUGGCUGCCACUGCUCUCCCAUCUUUCAUUGCCUGGGUUCACUACCAGGUCAAGCGGAAUAAACCCGCCCUGAUCCCCAACUCCGUCUGGAAGAACACCUCCUUCUCCAGCAUCUGCGCCACCGUUGCCGUAUCCAACGCCGUCCUCAAUUCCAUGGAACUCUUCGCCAGCUUAUUUUUCCAAGAAGUCCAAUCCCUAUCCGCUCUGGAAGCAUCCAUCCGCAUCCUACCCAGUCUCGUAGUCGGCGCGCUACUCAACCUAGUCAUCGGCAUCUUCGUACACAAGGUCCCCGCGUUCUGGAUCGUCACUAUCACCUCCUUGCUCUGCGCAGGAUCCCCCUUACUCAUGGCUGUUAUUCAGCCCUCCUGGCCGUAUUGGGGGAAUGCAUUUAUCGCGCAGCUCCUGCAACCAGUUAGCUUCGACGCUCUCUUCACCGUGGGACUUAUCGUUAUCACGGAUGUGUUUCCCGAUCAUACGCAGGCUCUGGCGGGUGCGGUCUUCAAUACCUGUGCUCAGUUCGGUAGCGCGUUGGGACUGGCCGUGCUGCAGGUCGUCUCAACAGUUGUCACGGAUAAGUCGGAUAGAGAGGAGAAGAAGGCCCUUAUGGAUGGAUAUCGCGCGAGUUUCUGGACUAUGUUUGGGUUUAUGGUCCUCUGUACACUUAUUGGGUUCUGUGGAUUGCGCAAGGCAGGUAAGGUUGGUUUGAAGAGGGAGUAA